AGACUUCGAAGAUGAGGGUGUGGAUCGUCUUCCUGUUGUGCCUGGCCGGCCACGCCAUGGCCGCCCCGACUGAGGAGGAGCCCGUUGUGGAGGAGCUGGUCACAGAGGAGCCAGUGGUGGAGGAGCCAGUGGAUGAGGAGCCCGAGGUGGGGGCCAACCCAGUGCAGGUGGAGGUUGGAGAGUUCGACGAGGCCAUCGACCUCGUGGAAGAGGAUGUUGCUGCUGAGAACCCCUGUCUGAACUUUAACUGCAAGAAGGGCAAGGUGUGUGAGGUCGAUGACAGCAACACCCCCCUGUGUGUGUGCCAGGACCCCUCCACCUGCCCCGCCGCCGAGGCCGAGUUCGAGCACGUCUGCGGCACUGACAACAAGACCUACGACUCGUCUUGCCACUUCUUUGCCACCAAGUGUGCUCUGGAGGGAACCAAGAAGGGCCACAAGCUGCACCUGGACUACAUCGGGCCAUGCAAAUACAUCGAGCCCUGCCAGGACAGCGAGCUGAGCGAGUUCCCCCUGCGCAUGAGGGACUGGCUGAAGAACGUGCUGGUCACUCUGUACGAGCGCGACGAGGACAACAACCUGCUGACCGAGAAGCAGAAGCUCAGGGUGAAGAAGAUCUACGAGAACGAGAAGAGGCUGCAGGCCGGCGAGCACUCCCUGGACCUGCUGGCCCACGACUUCCAGAAGAACUACAACAUGUACAUCUUCCCUGUCCACUGGCAGUUCGGCCAGCUGGACCAGCACCCCGACGACGGGUACCUGACCCACUCCGAGCUGGCCCCCCUGCGCGCCCCCCUCAUCCCCAUGGAGCACUGCACCACCCGCUUCUUCGAGGCCUGCGACGCCGACAGCGACAAGUACAUCGCCCUGGAGGAGUGGGCCGCCUGUUUCGGCGUCAAGGAGCAGGAUGUGGAUAAAGACCUCAUCGUCUAAAAUCCUCUGACCUGCAGCAGCAUGACAGACAACGCUAGUCGCUACUAACCGGACAAGGUGCUGAUUCAGAAGAUUAAAAAAAAAAAAAACUCAGUUAAGGUGCUAAUUGCAAAUUCUUUUUAUUAUUUUCUAAUGAUUUUUCCUGCCUAUACCACUAAAAUAAGAUCCCAAAAGAGAAACAUGCACAGUCUGUAGUAACCAUCACGUGUUCACGCGUUUGAAUUCUUCCUGUUGGUAGAGCAAAAACUCCCAGUAAAGAAAACUAAAGACCUCUGAUGUAAAUUUACGUCGUUUGACAAUAUUGUGUGCUGUAUUUGUUAUGAUGUGUUCAGGGCUUUUUAAUUGGAGACCACAUUAUCUUACGGAGACGAAGCUGUAAAGUCAAAAAUAAAGUUUCUAAAUAAAUGCUCCUUCUGCUUGCUUUCUACAUCUCAGAUUGCUGCGUUUUUUGCCCUCUUCUGGUGGUGGAUUUUGCCUUGCCUGUGUUGUUUUUGUGCUUUUGGUUGAUCUAUAAACCUCCGAGCAGAGUCUGGUAUUUGAGAACGUUAAAGACGAUGUUUUGUUUUGUUUUUUUUAUACGAGGGGGACGUCUCGCAGGCUGAGAGUUUUUCUCACAAUCUUUCAUGUUUCUUCUGACGCUGAGAACACGACGAUUUCAUUCCAUGAAUAAAAUACUAUGAAAAGACCUACAGAUCUCUGCAUGCCUCCGUAUCUGCAUCAAUGCUCCUCCAUGAAGAUGCCUACAGCACUGAGUCUGCUUUUUAUUUACUCGAUACCAAAGAAAUUUCUCACGA